AUGGGGUUUGGUGUAAAUCUAGGGUGUAUUGCUGUCAUAUAUCACGCUACCUCGUAAAAACGACACUGAGGAUUCUGGGCCAACAAAUCAGAGAGAGAAAAAAAUAUGAGUUCUUAUUAUGUGGAUGGUCUUCUUAGCAAAUAUACGACGGGUAGUUCUCUCUUUCCAAACGUGGAGCGGGCUUCUUGCAGUAUUGGACCCAGUGGAGAGGACUAUGCUUCGGCUCGGACUGCUGCGGCCAUCGCGUUUGCGCCGUCUCUGUCUGGAGUUUACAGCGUCAAUAAUGCAGCGUACCAGAGCAGACCCGUGUUUACUCCGGGCUAUAGCCAGGGGCAGGAGGCGCACACAUUGCACUGCAGCCGGUUUGACCAGAGCCGCCUGUUUACCGACAGCUGCUGCCACCCGGAGCCGGGACCCCUCAUCUCGCCGCCGGACAAACAGUACCGGAUGUACCCCUGGAUGAGAGCAUCAGAUACAAACCGUAAGCGGGGGCGGCAGACCUACUCCCGGUACCAGACCCUAGAGCUGGAGAAGGAGUUCCACUUCAACCGGUACCUGACCCGCAGGAGGAGGAUCGAGAUAGCGCACACCCUCUGCCUCACGGAGAGGCAGAUCAAAAUUUGGUUUCAGAACCGCAGGAUGAAGUGGAAGAAAGACCACAAGGAGGAGGCGACUCCCGGGGGAGAGGACGGUGAUACUGAGACGGUGUCAGAGGCCGGAGAGCCCGAAGCUGGAGACACCCGGAGCGCCGCUUUGGACUCAGAAACGGCUGCAAAGUAACGAAAGACACGAAAAUUAAAAGAAAGAAACACUGUUUAGUAUAAUUAAAGAGUUGUUUCUCACGCACCAAUCAUGCACUAUAGAGCUUUUUAGGUUAAUUAAAUGAAUGACAGCUGAAGGCAAUUGUGUAAUAGGUAUUUAACAGUAGACUGUAGGUCUACUGUCCAUAUUUAAAACACCAAAAUGCAUACAAAGGAUCUGCAUGAUAUCGACACUAACUACCUAUCCAAACUAUAUUUUUGUACAUGCAACACGAUAGUGUUUAAAAUUAACAGAUUGUACUGAGUCAACAUUCCUGAACGAAAAACUACCUAUUUAAUAUCAAACACUGACACAAGAAGUCAAUCUAAUUCACAGUAAAUUAUAUUUGAGUAAUUCUCAGACGGUUGUAUUUUUAAAGAGAACAAAUACCCCAUUGUGCGCAAAUGUGCCUUAUUUCGAGUAUAGGCUCAUUUUAAGUGAAUGCUUUGUUAGUUAAAUGCCUUCAAAUGUGAUUUAGCUGCUUUGGUAUAUUUUUUAAUAAUAUAAUGUCUUAUCAAUUCCCUGUUUUCGAUGCCUAUUUACAUCUCUAUACAUCCCAGGAUUGACCCUUUGAAACCUGAAUGGGCAUCAUUUUCCUCGUGCUGCGUUCAGACGCCUUUCCCAAGUAUUUAAACCUUUGAACACUAAGAAAUGUGGUUUGAUUUCCUGUGAAAAACAUGGGGAGAAAAAUAGUCAGUAAAUGUCCCGCAAAUUGCAAGAUUUAGAAAAUUAUUUUUAAAACGCUAUGGUAAAAUGCCCAGACAUGUAUAUUUAUAAUUACCCUACAUAUUUAGAAUUGUAUUACUGAAUUUUGUGCUGCUAUUUUACGCACUUUUCCGCUGGGUCAUUUGCUUGUUGGUUUUUGUUUCUUAGGUUUCCUUUUAUUCUUUCUUUCUUUCUUUCUUUCAAAAAAUCCCCCUAAUUUUCAGGGUUAAAAAAAAAACCAAACCUUUACUAAUUUCUCGCUAAUUUUUGUGUAGUUUCUUUUCAAGUUGUACUGCCUUCUUUACAUGUUUUUUCUUUUUAAAGAAAUCAAGCCAUUUUUUCAUGUUUCAAAGGAUUAAAACAUACAUUGAUUUAGUUAUAGGCUAGUUUACGUUAAGAUAAUCUCAUGUAACCUACCUCAGAUUCCCAGAACAUGCUUAUAAUGUAGGAAUACCCUUACGUAAAUGUUUUGAAGUCCUAGCCCUGUGCAGUAAAAUGUUGUCUAUUUCAUUUUAGAAGACAUUUUUAGCCUCAAAAUUCCCUACGUGUUUGUGAAUGCCAGCAAUAAACGCAUGCACUUUUAAUUAAAUUUUGCUUUUUGUAAGAGUUAAAAGCUAAAAUGUGCACAUACUGUGAUAGAUUUAGGUUUUCAUUGUGAAGCAACGUAAACAAAUAG